GUUGCACAAAAACGAAAAGAAACUACUUAUGAAAAACAAAGGAGAAACAAAUCAAAAAAUUUAAUAAACUCAUGAUAGCGAAAACUCCGAAUGACAGACAAGUAACUAAAGCCAAUUGGAUUGUAAACUUGUCAGACAGAAAGCUAACAGAAGCAGAGGAAAGUGUACUGAUGAAAGGGAUGAACUUCAAUAUCAGCAACAAAAGAUUAAAACCUGAAGACAUCAUACCUGUAAUUGAAACAGCACUCGAAGGAUAUGACAAGCAAAAAGCUGAACUGGUACGAGCACAAUGUGCACUUACCUUAAAAAAGCAAAAAGCAGAAAAACCAAAUAUAACGAAGGAGGAACUAAAAGCACUUCAAGACAUAAAAGCAGACAAAUCCAUUGUCAUUACUCAAGCAGACAAAGGAAACACAACAGUAUUACUUAACAAAACAACAUAUAAUGAAAAGAUGAAUGAACAUCUACAAUCUGGACCCUAUACCAUAAUGACUAAAUCAGCUGAAACAAUCAUCAACAAAACAAUGAAAGAAACAGCAAAGGUAGUUAGACAAAUGAAAGAAGUAAUUGGUAAGUCAAAAUGGUUUGAAAUUAUGCCAAAAUCCUGUAAUGUACCUAGGAUAUAUGGUAAGAUAAAAUUGCAUAAAGAGGGAUAUCCAAUAAGACCGAUUGUAGACUUCAGAAACACACCAACGUAUAUGCUAUCCAGAUUUCUCUCGACAAUACUAAGACCGACAAGAGACAACUCAAAAGCUAGAAUAGUAGAUUCAUUUGAAUUAGUGAGGCGAAUAAAAACCACUAAAAUAGAGGAAGAAGAAAUACUAGUUAGCUUUGAUGUAAACAGUCUUUAUACGAAAAUACCCAUUCAAAUGGCCAUGAUUGCACUGAAAGAGAAACUAAAUGAAGAUAAUGGCCUGAAAGACAGAACACAGUUAUCCGUAGAAGAAAUAAUAAAAGGGGUAGAAUUCUGUCUGACAACAACAUAUUUCACAUUCGAAGGAAAAAUAUACCAACAAAAUGAGGGAGUAGCUAUGGGAUCGCCUAUCUCACCAAUUAUAGCUGACAUAUUCAUGGAUUAUUGGGAGGAGAAUGCCCUUAAACCAUUCAGAUCAUCACUAAAAUGUUGGUGGAGAUAUGUAGACGACACACUAGUAAUAGUGAAAAAAAACGAUACUGAGAAACUUUUCUCACACAUAAACAGACACGUCGACUCAAUAAAAUUCACUAUGGAAUUAGAGAAUGAAAUUGGAGAACUGCCCAUGUUAGAUUGCAAACUACAAAGAAUGACAGAUGGUAGCAUAAAAACAACGAUAUAUAGAAAAGCCACACAUUCUGGAAGAUUCCUUGAUUAUUACUCAGCUCAUCCACUCUCGGUAAAACGAGGAUUAAUACAAGGUCUUGCAGAUAGAAUACGUAGACUUACAACAGCACCAGAGGACCAGCGUAAAGAAAUAAAAGUCCUAUUCAAAAUGCUACUCGAAAACAACUACCCUAGAGAAUUUAUAAAAGAUAAUAUAAAAAAGAGAAAAAAGAGGGUAAAACCGGAGAAUAACAAGAUGGAAGAAUGGAAAAAAACAGUCGCAAUACCAUAUAAAAAUGGUACAUCAGAGGCAAUACAAAGAAACCUCAAAAAUAUCGGCAUUCGAACAACCUUUAAACCGACAAAUCUAAUCAAAAAUAAAAUAAAUCAACUGAAAGAUCCCAUAAAAAUGAUGGAUAAAAACAAUUUGAUUUAUAAAAUAUCUUGUGCUGACUGUCCAACUAAAUAUGUGGGGCAAACGUCCAGAUCACUCAAAAUAAGAGUGAAUGAACAUAAACGCCUAACUAAAGGUCAACCAACAGGGACACAAGCUUACAAAAAUCUUGAAAAAAAUUCAUCGAUAGCUGCACAUGCAUGGGACAAAAACCACAAUAUCGAUUGGAACAAUGUGUGUAUUCUAAAAACAAACAUGAACAAAUGGAAAGAAAGACUCAUAACAGAAUCGAUAUUCAUUAAAGUCACACCGGAUACAUGUAACAAGGGUGACUCAGUACAACUAUCAACAACUUGGAAUAUAAUUCUAAAUACAAACACAUGAAUGAAUGUAAAAUAUAAUUCUGAACACACAUAUGCACACACA